AUGCAAGAAGAUAAAAAUCAAGCCCAUCAUAUGGAUGGCGAAUUUGCUGAGGAUGGCGAGAGAUUGAGCAUGGAUCAAGCCCAGCCUUCUGCCACUGAUGCUCAGGUCGAAAAGAAGCUUGUCCGUCUCUUGGAUUACCGUCUUAUGAUUUGGGCCUUCUGGGGUUACUUUGCCAACGGUUUAGACAGAAACAACAUGCCUAAUGCUCAAACUACUGGUCUCAGUGAGGAUUUGAACCUUGUUAGCAACCAAUACAAUUGGGCUCUCACCAUGUUCUUUAUCGGUUACAUUAUCUUACAAAUUCCUUCCAAUUAUAUCAUCACAAAAGUGCGUCCUAGUAUCAUGUUGCCUCUCAUUGUCUUUGUAUGGGGUGCCAUUGUUUGUUUCAUGGCUCUCGUUAAGGAUUACAAAGGUCUCUACGGUCUCCGUAUCUGUCUUGGCUUGACUGAAGCUGGUUUCUAUCCUGGUAUUGUCUUUUUACUCGGCUCUUGGUACACCAAAGAAGAAUUGGGUACACGUACGGCUGUGUUUGUCGCUGGCUCUCAAGUCUCUGGUGCUUUCAGUGGUCUCAUUUCCGGUGCUAUUGCCAAUAGUUUAGAUGGUGCUCACGGCAUGCGUGGUUGGAAAUGGCUUUUCAUUAUUGAAGGUAUCAUUGCCGUUGUCAUUGGUUUCGCUGGCUUCUUUGUUCUUCCUGAUUUCCCUCAUAACACUCGUUUCAUCAAUGGUGAAUUGCGUGACAUGGCUAUUGUUCGUCUUGAGCGCCAAGGUAAAAGCGCUGCUGUUACUGGCUUGAACAUGACCACCUUCCGUAACUUGUUUACGACACCAUUCAUUUACCUGUUCACUGCCAUGUUUAUCUGUAUGCAAAUGGGUAUGGGUAUUCUGCAAAACUUCCCUAUCAUCCUCAAGACCAUGGGCUACGAAUCCUCUUUUGCCAAUUACAUGAUGGUUCCUAUCUGGUGUUGGGUUGGUGUGGUCAUCAUUGCUCAAGGAAAGCUUUCUGAUAAGUUUAACACUGGCCGAUUCGGUCAUCGUGCUUUCCACAUUAUUGCUGGCGGCCUCUUUACUUUGAUCUGGUACAUUGUCUUGGUAGCUGUCAAUGGUGGUAACGUGCCCGUUGGCCUCUUGUUUGCUUGUGCUUACCUUGUUCCUCCUGUAUUUGGUAUCUCUCCCAUCAUGAUGAGUUGGGCAAACGAGAUCUACGCAUGCGACAGAGAGUCCCGCGCUUUAGCCAUUGCCAUCAUCAAUUCCAUCGGCAACCUCGUACCCAAUUUCGUCAAUGUCGAGGCCUGGAAUGUUCAAGACGCACCCACCUAUCGUACUGGUAAAAUCACCACUAUGGGAAUGACAGCUGCUAUGGUCAUCAUGUGUUGUGUCGCUUACUAUCUACAAGCCAACAAGAUUAUGAUUCCUAAGUCUUCUCAGCAAAUCGUUGAUGAAGAGAUGGACAACAAGAAGACUCCCAUUAGUCGUGAUGACGAAUUCUAA